AUGCACUACCUCCUGCUCUGUGCUCUCAUCUUCCUGCCUGAGACGCCUGCUUUUCCACUACAACAAAGACCACAACCAUGGAGCAUCAUAGACCUUGAGAAAGUAAAGGUAUAUCUUGAUAAAUUCUUUCCAAUUUUGCCAGAAACACAAAGCCUAAGCAUAGAAGAAAGGAUUAAAGAAAUGCAGAAGUUUUUCCAUCUGACUGUAACUGGAAAAUUAGACACAGAAACUGAAGAAAUUAUGACAAUGCCCAGAUGUGGUAUGCCUGACACAGAAUACCCAACAUCUGCUGGAACUCGAAAAUGGGAAAAGACACAUUUAACUUACAAGAUUCUCAGUUACACACAAGACCUACCCAGACGGAAAGUGGAAGAUGCAAUUAGAAGGGCCUUGAUGGUAUGGAGCGAUGUGACUCCACUGCAAUUCCGAAAAGUUGACACAGGCCGUGCGGACAUUGAGAUUAGAUUUGCACGUCGUGAGCAUGGCGAUGGAUCUCCUUUCGAUGGAAGAGGUAGAGUACUGGCUCAUGCAUUUCCACCUGGAAAAGGGCGUAGAGGAGCUGCUCAUUUUGAUGAUGAUGAAAAAUGGUCAGAUGUCAAUCAAGAUAUCAAUUUGUUCCUCAUUGCUGCUCAUGAAUUUGGCCAUUCUUUGGGACUUACUCAUUCCAAUGACCCUGGAGCUCUGAUGUACCCUUACUACUCAUAUCAGAACCCACAAACUUUCAAACUUCCAGCAGAGGACAAGCAAAGAAUUCAGAAGUUAUACGGGAAAAAGCCAUCAAACUCUUGA